AGUGUUCAUUGUAAACAAACCGAACAACGUGAGUGAGUAAGUAGGGAAGUGCGUGCUCGGUUGGUUUGGGUCAGCGACGUUUUCAAUCCCGAUCGUCUUGAUUCACGCUCAAGAUGCGGAUUGAUAAGUGCUUUUUCUGCGGCUCGCCCAUGUAUCCGGGCCACGGAACGCACUUCGUGAGGAAUGAUUGCAAGAUUUUCAAGUUUUGCCGGUCGAAAUGUCACAAGAAUUUCAAGAAGAAGAAGAACCCUCGCAAAGCGAAAUGGACCAAGGCUUUCCGGAAGAGUGCAGGCAAGGAAUUGGCCGUGGAUCCCUCGUUUGAGUUCGAGAAACGACGCAAUGAGCCCGUCAAAUACGAUCGAGCCUUAUGGACGGAAACCAUCACGGCCGUGAAGAGGAUCGAAGAGAUCAAGAACAAGCGCCAAGCUAAGCACAUUUUGGAUCGAUUAAAGAAGUCAAAGGAGAUUCAGAAGGCUCAGGAUAUCCGUGAGGUCCAGCGAGAUUUGGCCUUGAUUCGAUCACCCGCCGCCGGCUUGAAACGUCCUGCCCGAGAUAUGGACGUGGAAGAGGAGGAGGAAGAAGAUAAGAAACCCAUAGUGGGCGUGGCCGCCAUGGAGGAUGACCUUGACACCAGUAUCACCAUUUCCGCCACGAAGAAGGUUAAGAAGUUGGCUCCCAAACGACAAAGAGCCAAGAUCGAGGAGAUUCGAGAUUCGGAUCAAGAAAUGGAAGAGAACUGAAAGAUGCGUUUCGAAUCAGAUGCACACUGUUUUUUUGGAAAUAAUUCAUUAUCUUACUGUU